GCUUCCCGCCAAAACUCCUGUCAAAGGUGUUGUCACUCUUAAAAUUUCUUUUAAGAAUAAAAAUGAGUGCGCUCCUAUUAGUCGCUUUAUGCGCGUUCAUCGCGUACAAAUUUUUCUCAAGAAAAACAGUUACUGUCUAUAAAAAUACAAAACAUGGGGUGGAAAAAGUUGAUUUAAACAAAGCGCCCGGGCCUCUGCCAUUGCCCAUCAUGGGGAAUCUACAUCUUUUGGCAAAAAAUGAGUCGCCAUUUCAGUCGUUCACUGAAUUAGCUAAAAAGUAUGGUGAUAUAUUUAGCAUGAAAUUGGGCAGUUCUCAGUGUUUAAUAGUGAAUAAUUUAGAAUUAAUUCGCGAGGUUUUGAAUCAAAAUGGGAAAUUCUUCAGUGGAAGACCAGACUUUCUGCGCUUCCACCAGCUCUUUGAUGGAGACAGAAAUAAUUCUUUGGCGCUCUGCGACUGGUCGAAUCUUCAACUACGUCGUCGCAAUCUCGCAAGACGUCACUGUGGACCGAAACAACACACUGACAACUUCGCACAAAUCGGAUCUGUGGCUACGUUCGAAGCUACUGAGUUGGUUCAGACUUUAAAGCAAAUUACGAGGACAUCUGCCGCUCCAGUCCACCUGAAACCUCUUCUUAUGUCUACCGCUAUGAAUAUGUUCUCUAACUACAUGUGCAAUAUUCGUUUUGAAGAAUCAGACCCUGAAUUUCGUAAAAUCGUCGAUUACUUUGAUGAGAUUUUCUGGGAAAUCAACCAAGGCUACGCCGUUGACUUCCUCCCAUUCCUCGCACCUUUCUACAAGAAACACAUGGAGAAACUAUCGCACUGGUCUCAUGAAAUCAGAUCUUUCAUUCUGUCAAGGAUUGUUGACCAACGCGAAAUGACAAGUUCAUUUCACGACACCGAGGUUCCAGAAAAAGACUUCUUGGAUGGUUUAUUACGGGUACUACACGACGAUCCUACAGUAGACAGAAAUACUAUUAUUUUCAUGCUAGAAGAUUUUCUUGGAGGUCAUUCUUCAGUAGGAAACCUGGUCAUGCUAUGUUUAACAGCUGUAGCGAGAGAUUCAGACGUGGGCAGACGUAUCAAAGCUGAAAUUGACAGUGUCACGAAAGGAAAGCGAGCUGUAACUCUUACCGACAGGCCAUCCAUGCCAUACACUGAGGCAACAAUCCUGGAAGUCCUCAGAUACUCAUCAUCUCCCAUCGUCCCUCAUGUGGCCACGGAAAACGCAGCAGUAGCCGGCUAUGGAGUAGAGAAAGGUACCAUCGUCUUCAUUAAUAACUAUGAAUUGAACACAUCAACAAAAUACUGGAACGAGCCAGAGAAAUUUGAUCCAUCAAGGUUCCUGGAAAAGACCAAAAUCCGCGUGCGACGAAACUCUCUUUGUGACUCCGGUAUGGAGUCGGAUGGGGAGAGGAACGGACCCAUCGACAAAACAAGAGAGGUGGAGAAAGAGAUAGUCUCUGUUAGGAAGAACAUACCUCAUUUUCUUCCAUUUAGCAUAGGUAAGAGAACGUGUAUCGGCCAAACUAUGGUAACAACCAUGAGUUUUGUUAUGUUCGCGAAUAUUAUUCAAGAGUUUGAUGUAGCUGCUGUUAGUAAAGAUAACUUGAGGCAGAAGCCAGCCUGCGCUGCCCUUCCGAAAGACACAUACCCAUUAUACCUUUUACCAAGAAAAUAAAAACUAAAUUUAUCAGCAAAUGAUCCACAUUGCUGAUAUAGUGACAAAUUUAAAAUGGUUCUGGCAGUAGUUAAACUGGCCAACUUACGUGGGACAUAAAAACAGCAUCUUUGAUGCUAUGAAAUUGAGGUUCUCUUUUUGACUCUGUGAUGCCUGAUGUGGAUCAUUUGUUUAUGAAUUAUUUGUAGAUAAUUCUUUUAUGUUGUAUUGUGUUUGCUCAGGUCACAUAAUGUAUGAAUAAUUAAGUAAAUUUCGGCACAUACGGCGUGCAAAUACUAGGUUCUUUUGAGACAAGUAUCUGGCGAACAAGCACAAUAUAACAUAAGAGAUACGCUCAAAAAUUAUUUAUUUCUUGAAAUAAGUUUUUGAAAUAUUUCCAAAUACGUAGACAGAUUAUUAACACGAAACAGUUUUUGACGUUUGAAUACAAAUUCAAAUGAAAAAAAAAACUAAAAUUGUUAUUCUAUUUUUAAUAAUACGACUGCUUUGUUUAUUGGACUUACGAUAAUUAGUUUAGAUUAGUGUUAGAUAUGUACCGAGCAUGAAUGUGUUAAGCGUUUUCAGCCAACAGAUAUGGCAGUCUGAGACCCAUAAAACCAUUGGUGUUGGAGUUUAACCAAUGAUACCGACAAACAUCUUGAACAAAUGUCACUGCCUGCGCAGAAGCGAUUUUUGGGUAUCACGGGGGAGGGGGAGGGGGGGUUUGAGUGACGUAUCGAUCGCGUGAUUGGUUAAUCAGUUGACGUUUGUGUCCCGCGCUGCGAUACGAUGCGCAAACUUUCCCCCACUCCUUUGUUUAAUGCUCAAGAAGUUUGCCGGUAUCUGUAUUUUUAGGACUUGUUAUCAAACGAAGCAUGUGACACCACCAUGUUAAACGUCCAGACCUAGGUUCAUAACAAUUAUAUUCAUGCUUGGCGCACGAUAUGUGAUAGCAAUUACUCAAUUUUGCUGUAUUUUCGAAUUCACAAAACUAUAACAAAAAUUUUAAUGUGUGUAUUUAACCAAUUAUAAAAAUCUGCUUUUGCGACAUUGACUAAAUUUGUUAUCUAAAUGAAAUCUUUAACAGCGCUUCGAGGGCGUAUUAUGAAUGAAAUAUAAAUUGUAUCAAAGUCUCGUAUGUGUAAAAUGUUUGGGUUGACAAACACGAUAUAGUAUUCAUAUUGAGUUGUAAAAUUAACAUUGAGGAAAAAGUGUAGUGUUUAUCAGAAUGUCUUUUACACAAACAUUUAAAUUCAGCUAUUUUUAUUUACUUAUGUCGAUUUAUGUUAAUGUCAGACACGCUUCAAGGGACUGACGGUCUUCAAUGAACGAAGAUGUCAAUGUGGAGAUGACGUAUUUAGUUCCAAUUUCCGGCAAACUGCGCUGUUGUUCUUUCAACAGAUAUAUGUAUGAUCGAUCUUUUUGUAUGUAACUUAGAUUUAGUUUUCUUACUAUCAGAAACACGUCACUAUCACUAGUUACAGUACCAGCGCUGUUUUAUCUAUUGAUAUGGUAUAUAAUAAUCAUUUAACAGUAGCACAUAACGUUCCUAAGUUUACCAUGUACCAAAAGCCAGUGCAUUUUGUAGAAAUAAGUUUUAUGUAGUUCAAUGUAUGUAUGUAUAGAUUAUAAAUA